UUUUCUCUCGUCGUCUCGCGUGCGUCGUCCCUUCCCCUCCACGGUUCCACCCAGGCACCCGCACCACCCAUCUUCUCGAUUGUGGUUGGUUGGUAUCACUUAAUCACUUAAACACUUAAUCAUCUCCUAAUUCUGGAUCAUUUUUUCUGGUUUGCUGCGUAAAACUAUUAGGAGGCCAGCGGGUUCGAAGAAAAAUCCGAAGUCACCCAUCAACGAGUCCUCCGAGCAACUCAACUGUAAGCUCUGCGCCUCUCCAACCCACGGCCUCAUCUGCGUCGGCAAACGGUUCAUCGCCCCCUCUUAGCUUUGCGAGCAUUCUGCCUCCUCUGGCUUUAUCCAGUACUGGUCCUGGUCCAAGCAGACUGGUAGUGUUGGAGAUCAAGAGGGGCUUUUUUGUCUUUUCAUCCUAAAACCGCUACACUCCAUCAGUUUAUGCGCGCGCCACAAACCCAAGAGAGGAAGCGAUCCUGUGAUUGGGGCUUCAAAUUUCGAGGCUGAGAGAUCGUUCGCAGAGGUGGUGGAGAUGGCAAACAGUAAAUACGAGUAUGUCAAGUCGUAUGAAGUUGAAGACGAGGUUUUCCGGCCCAAUUUGAUCGUUGUUCGGAUUGAUGGUCGUGAUUUUCAAAGGUUUUCUGAAGUUCAUGAAUUUGAGAAACCAAAUGAUGAGGUAGCUCUGAAUUUGAUGAAUUCAUGCGCAAUUUCUGUGUCAGAGGCAUUUCCAGAUGUAGUGUUUUCAUAUGGCUUCAGUGAUGAAUACAGCUUUGUCUUCAAGAAGACGUCCAGGUUCUACCAAAGGCGUGCCAGCAAAGUAGGGACCAUUAUCGUAUCUUUCUUCACCUCUGCAUAUGUCAUGAAAUGGAGAGAAUUCUUCCCUCAUAAGGAAUUAAUGUACAACCCUUCAUUUCAUGCACAUGUUAUACGCUGUGCAUCAGAAGAAGUCCUUCAGUCAUAUCUUUUGUGGAGACAAAACAAUUGUCAUACAAAUAACCUGCAUAACACCUGCCUAUGGGAGCUAAUUAAAUCUGGAAUGACCAAAAGCGAAGCAGUGGACUUACUAAAGGACAGCAGCAAGGAAGAAAAAAAUGACCUUCUUUACAGAAAGUGUGAUAUCAACUAUCAAAAGUUGCAUUCAAUGUUUCGACAAGGAUCUUGCGUUUUGAAAACAGAGGUGUUUGAAGUUGUGAAGCACAAUGAAAAUGGUUCUCCUGUCAAGAGACUUAGGAGAAAGUCAAGCAUGGUCCAUUCGAAGAAUAUAGCUGAGAGAAGUUUUUGGAACAAGCACACACAUCUUCAGAAGGAACUUGGUUGUUUUACAAAGGAUAUUGGAAAAGUUGAACCUGAUUAUAUUAGGUCCUUCCAGCAUGAAGACAAACUGAUCCCAUCAACAUGGGUUGUAAUUAGGAUCGAUGGUUGCCAUUUUCACAGGUUUUCUGAAGUUCAUGAAUUUGUGAAGCCGAAUGAUGAGCAAGCUAUCAACCUUAUGAAUUCAUGUGCAGUGGCUGUUCUAAAAGAGUUCCAAGACUUGGUUUUCUCUUAUGGAGUCAGUGACGAAUACAGCUUUGUUUUGAAGAAGGAUUCUCAAUUCUAUCAGAGGCAAGCAAGUGAGAUGGUAUCUGUUAUUGUGUCAUUCUUCACUUCCAUGUACGUUAUGAAAUGGAAAGAUUUCUUCCCACAAAAAGAGUUGAAGUACCCUCCAUAUUUUGAUGGGCGUGCUGUCUGCUAUCCUUCAUAUGAAAUUCUUCGAGAUUAUCUAUCCUGGAGACAAGUCGAUUGCCACAUUAACAACCAAUACAAUACUUGUUUCUGGGAGCUUGUUAAGUCUGGAAAAAGAAAAAGUGAAGCUCAGCUCGUCCUGAAGGGUACUCAAACAGGAGACAAAGAGAAAUUGCUUAACCAAUUUGGUAUCGAGUACAACAAAUUACCAGUCAUGUUCCGCCAUGGAUCUUCUGCUUUGUGGGACAAGGAUCACACAUUUAUGAAAGGAAAACCCACAUAUGAUGUUUUUUAAGGAAUGGUGGCCUAGCUUUGAGAGGUCUGGAGCCUUGAGUAGAUAAUGCACCAACUCUCGCCAAUAAUGUAGGACAAUAUUUCUUUGGCCACUAGGAAACACACCCACGCACACAUAUGAAAGUCGAGACCCACUGAAGAUGUCAAAGGGCUAGCCUAUCCUUAUGGUUUAUUACAUGCUAGUCCUCUCUAUGAUUUUCCUGUGGUAUGCGAGUUUUUAUUUUAAACCUUGUAUAUUAUUUGUAUGCAGGAAGACACCACAAGGAUACACGAGAAGGAAGAAUGUAAUGGUAAUUCUGGGAAAAGAGUUAUUGUAGAACAUUGUAAUAUUAUUGAGCCAACCUUUUGGGAUGCACACCCAACAAUUCUUUCUGGGUGACUGAUAAUGCUUCGAAGCAAUGGGGUUCCUUUUGUUUUUAUCCAUUGAAGGUUCUAACUUUUUCUUAACUACACAAAUGUUAGGAAAAUUCAUCAAAGUUAUUUUCCUUCCGCUGCCGGUACCGGAGUUGCACAUAGCAUACACUAUUUGGUUUUUGUUUCACGCUUGGAUGCUCGUAUUCAUCUGUAAUAGCAACACUGUACCAAGUAUUGGAGUUUAUGUUUACUCCAGCCAGCAAAGUAGUUUGUAGUACUUGACUUGUAUAUGUUGCUGCUGAUUAAGCUUGUACACGGUACAUUUUUUGCUUCUGAAUGUUUUGUAUUCUUACCUAUGAUUUUAGUCAGAUUAUGACAAUGAAGUUGAGGAAAAACAAGCAGGAAACCCACUUACUUCUUCUAGCACCGUCUCUGCAUGUUCUUUUCUCAGUUAUCUUUGAGCAAUUAUACUAUUCGUUUCCAGUAAUAGAUAUUAAAUGUGUUUCCACCAACGAUUAAAUGUAUUAGUUGAAUGUGCCCAGUUUUUGUUUUUUUUGUUUUUUUUAUGAAAGCUUGUUAUCUUCAUUAAAUUUUCUUACACAUCCAUUACUGUGCUAUAUGUUGGUUCUUCGUUGAGACUUGUACAGUUUCAAAGGUGAGAAGUGGAAAAAAGCAGCUGAUCGUAGAGAAGAAUCAGGAGAUACUCCACUGCAUGAAUUUAGGUAAGUAGAAUAACUACUGAUUAUCAAGUUGAACUCAAUACUAAUGUUGCUUGCAGGAAACAGAUUUAAAAGCGCGUUUCUUGUGAGCUCACGUCACAGCCUCACAUAUUGAGCAACGGAUAUUGGAUCAGGUGUAUGGAAGAACCAACAACGGACUGUUUCCUUCCUCUAAAACCGUACAAGGUGGAAGCUGCGAGAGUGCAGCUGUCAGAGCUGUACCCAGAGCUUCUCCUCUUCUUAUCGAAGAUAAAGCGCGUAUAUGUUCGAGGCUGUGAUCCUCCUGAUGAAGCUGAUGAUGUCUCCACAAUUUCUGUUUUUUUUGUUUUGGAUAUGUUGAGGUGCUGACACAUAAAUGAAACAACAAAUUUUAAGUGAUAUAAAAUUAACUAGUAAACUAAGAACAAGAUUUUAUUAGUUUUGGA